CUUUGCUUUAGUGGCCGUGUUCGUCUUCCUGCCCUGUGCAAUUUGUUUUUCUACUACGAAAUAUGGACAUGUUUAUUAAUUUUGCAAUUCCAGAAAUAAUUACUCAAUUAUUAAAAAUCUAACCCAAAUAAUAACUACAUAAUAAGUCAUGGAAGGGACAAUGUUCAGUGAAAAAGUCGAAGCUUAUUUUUCUGAACUAGGGCGAUGGAAAGUUUGGCGAAGUAUAUUGUUAGGGCAAGUGCUUUCUCUUCUACUGAGUGGGAAAUGUAUUUUGACGACACUGCUUCAAAGUGCUACUUGGCAGUUUCCGAUUUCAGCCCAACAAGUUAUUUCGUAUGUUUUUCUGUUCGUGCUAUUUACCCCUGCGACGUUCUGCGAUGGACUAAAACCAAUGCAAAAAGGAUGGUGGAUAGUCGUGAUUGCUUCCAUAAUAGACGUGGAAGCUGGUUACCUGUUGAUUCUCUCUCAGAGAUACACGUCCGUGCUAAGUUGACAGCUGCUCGCGUGUAGCGGUGUAGGCGCAGCGCUCGUCGGCGGCGCUUGGCGCGGACAGCGGCUUGGAGUGGCUCAUGUGGCCGGGGCUACGUUGGGACUAAUGGCUGUUGUUUGCGUGGUCUGGGCAGAUGUUGAAGGUGCUCCUACUGAUGGGAGAAACCAACUGGUCGGAGACAUGCUAUGUCUGGGCGGCUCUCUGCUGUAUGCCAUGGUCACAGUUCUCCAAGAAAUGAUGCUCAAAACCUAUUCUUGCACUGACUACCUCUCAUCAUUAGGUAUUAUUGGAGCCACGCUGUCAGCCGUUCAAACAUUCUUCUUAGAAUUCCAUGAGCUGAUUGUUUUUAACUGGUUGGAAAUGGACACCCUGAUUCAGAUAUGUGUCUAUUGGUUUAUACAAACAAUAUUUCAGGUGUUACAAUGUUUGAUGCUUAGAGACGCCGGAUCGAUUAUUCUACAUUUGUCAUUCCUGUCAGCCGAUUAUUACACUCUCAUCGCUGGGAUGUACAUUUUUCAGUUUAAGUUCCACGCGCUGUACUUCCUGUCGUACCUGCUGGCGAUGGUGGGGGUGUUCCUGUUCAGCAGCCGCGCGCGCGCGCCGCCGGCCGCGCCGCCCGAGCGCCUCCCGCAGCUGGUCAGCGACGCCGUGCACUCGCACGACAACGUGUCUAUGGAAUAUACAGUUCCGACAUUGGAUUGCAUACCGAUUGAAGGUUUAGAACCGCCGAUGAGUCGGGACACAACUUUCACUUCCUUCCUUGGCGGCCCUCAAACUGUUCCUAAUGGUAGCCUUCCUUACCACAAUGGAACACAGAACACAAAAGACCCAUGUUAAUGUAGCUUUUUAAAGGAUAUAGACUAUUAUAAGACUUAUUAGAAUACUCGGCCGAAAUACUUGUAUUAACUAUUAAUGUUAAAUGUUUUAAUUAUGAGAAUUUUGAGGUGAGAAAUGAAAAUUUCAUAUGUCAAAAUAUUUUUUUUUUAUAUAUAAAACUAUACUCAAAUAUAACUAAAAUCACUUACAAUAAAUCAAUUUGAUUUUAACAAGGCCCUUACAUUUUUGUAUCGUUAACUAAAAUUUAUUAGUUUUAUUAUCACCAAUUACUAUGAUUUUAUCCUAGUUAGAUCUGCACCCUAAUCUAUUCAUUGUUUUGAUGUAAUUAAAAUAAACAUUUUUACUAUAAUAAUAGAGAUAGUCCGCUAAUAAAAUUUAGACAUUCCAUAAUCAAGAUAAUGUAUAAUGAAUUGGUUGAAUAGAAAAUUUUAUGACAAAAAAUAUGUUAAACAUCUUGUUUGUUCCAUUGAGUCUUCACAUAAAAAAACUUGUGUAGAAAAAGGCAAUGAUGAAACUUUCUCCUAAGUCAGAUUUGCUCAUUUUCGUCAUAUCACAUCUACUUUUAGAUGUUGUUGAGCUUGCAAUAAAAUAAUUUCUCGAAUAAUAUUUUUCCCGUUUUUAUAUAAUAUAUAUAUUUUAAUUCUAUCCUUUGAUGCUUUACUCACUCAAGUGAACUAUAGCAGAUAGACUAUAGAUAUUGAGCCUUAUAUGGAAUCUCAAGUUCCAGCCACUCUCAACUAACUUUCAAAAUAGCUCAUUAAUGUAUUUUAUAGAUAAAUCUUUGCGAUUAUGUGAAGGCUCAAUUAGGCUAAUUUUAUCUUCAUGUUAGUUAUUACAUUACCACCGUUAGCACAAAUAUCCUAGGGAUAAAGUUAACUAUAGUAGCGCACAACUAUAAAAUAGUUUUAAUAAAUAAAAUAAAAAGAAAAAUAUAUAAAAAUGAUUGUAAUCAAUUUCUUAAAAGAUUUAAUAAUGGAAAGAUUAAUAUCUACGACGAACGAAAACUGCCACAUACUCGAAUUUUUACUAAAUUUCUUAAACCAAAUAAUUACAUUAUAACAAUUUGUACGGAAUUUUAAUCUAUGAGAGGUAUUUAUUGGAAUUGUAUUAGAUUAAAAUAUAGAAUUAUUUUAGCAUCGCAAUAAGCGUUAACUUGAUUAGUGUUUUGGUCAGAGAAAUAAUUUUCGACAUAAUUAAAAUAAAACUUUGUUCGAAUAUAAAAUUAUAACCAUAGAUUGAUACAGAUUAAUUUUAAUAAAAAAAUAUAAUAACUAAAUAUGAAUGAUACUUAAUUGCCACUUCAAAAUAUUUCUCUAAUCAAGAUCAGUCUGUUAGCUGUGAUUAUUUUUAUUGCAUUUUUUACAGUGAUAGUUUAUUGAAGAUUUUAUUAUUAUGGCUUCGAGAUCUCAAAUUAGAUAUUUUAUUGUAACUUAAAUUGUUAAAACUUAUGUUGUACUUAAAUAUUAUGACGCUCAAUUAUUAAUAAAUAAGGUUAAAUAUUACCUUUUUAUUGUUCAAUUAGAAACUUUUUUUUUAUAUUUGCAAUAAUUCUGGCAUGGAGGCCAUGAUGUAUUGCUAUAAUAUAUUAUGAUUGUGUGUAGUAAACCAAUCAAAGUUCUUCAUUCAAUGGAAACAUACUCUGAUUGGCUUAUUUCUGUACAUAACUGUACCCCUCCAAUUUUGAUAUAUAUAUAAGAAAUUCUUUCGCGAAUUCAUCCUAUUCAAUAUCCUAAAAAAUUGAUUCUCCACUGUUAAGUAAUUUUGGAUUUAAUUUAAGGUUAAUUGUUGAUCUGCGUGUAACUUUUGGAACGGUUGUGUUAACUUGUAAUUGAUAAAAUUUACUAAGCUAUGAAUUGUUGUUAAUAUAGAUUACUAUACCAAAGGUAUUUCUGUCGCCUACUGUAGAAUUGAUUUCAUUCUGAAUGACGCCCUAUAGUACUAGGUUUAUAGUUUGUAUCCAAAGUCAUGACGUCUUCGAAAAUUGUGUAAUAUGUAUUUUAAAAUUGAUAAAUAUACAACAUU